ACAGCGGCGGCCGGGCGGCGGGGAGGGCAGGGCCUACAGCGGAAGUCGGCGGCGCGACGCGCCCGCCCUUGUGUUAGCUCCCGGCUGCGGCCUGUGUCCCGCUGCAGGGGCGGCUGGGGGGCACCUGUCUCUGCUCCUUGGGCCUCCACGCUUGCCGUCUGCGUGGUCCGUGCCUGGUAGUUCGGGCUGGCGCCACGCGGGUGCUGCCCCUUAACUUGUGUUGCAGGAAUUCUGCGGGACCUGGCUGGGCGCAUGAAGCAAGUGCAGACGCGGGGAGGGCACGGGCCCUGGCCUCCAGGAGCUCGCGGGGUCUAGGGGGAGACGGACGGGCGGGGUCCGUGUCACCCUGUCGAGUGGGAGUCAGGUGCCCGUGGGGAGGAGACCCGCUCCACCAGGACCUCAACUGCCCGGUCCUGGAGGGUCUUUAUAUCACAGAACCCAAGACCAUUCAGGAACUGCUGUGUAGUCCCUCGAAGUACCGCUUGGAAAUCCUGGAGUGGAUGUGUAUUCGGGUCUGCCCCUCCUGGCAGGACAAGUUCAGCUCACUAAGGGGGGCCCCAGUCGAGGUGAAGAUCCAAGAGAUGGUGAGACUAGGCCAGGAGCUGAUGCUGUGUGGGCUGGAUGACCAGGAGCUCCUAAAGGGCCGGGCCUGCGCCCAGAAGCAGUUGUGCUUCAUGAACCAGCUGCUGGAUGGGGUCCAGAGCCUGACUGCCGGAUGCUGCAGCCGCUCCAGCAGUGUGAAGGAGCUCUUAGAGGACACCAGAGAGAAGAACGAGGUGCUUCUGGGGGAGCUCUUCUCCAGCCCCCACCUGCAGACGCUCCUGAGCCCCGAGUGUGAGCCAUGGUCCCUAGACGUUCAGCCCUUCCUCAGGCAGCAGAGCGGUGCCUGGCAGAGGGCCAGCCCCUGCGUGGAGUUGGAGGACGUGAACGUGGUGGAGCUGGGCAGGCAGCUGCAGGAGAGCGCCGCCAAACUGCAGGCGCUCAGGGUGGAGCACAAGCAAGGGGGCGCUGUGAGCGGGGCCGACACCAGCACCCUGGACCAGAAGCUGCGCCUGGUCGUCUCUGACUUCCGCCAGCUCGUUGUGGCUUUCCUCCAAGUCUACGACGACGAGCUGGGUGAGUGCUGCCGGCGCCCGGGCCCCUACCUCCACCCGUGUGGCCCCAUCGUCCAGGCCGUGCACCAGACCCUGACUUCGUGCAACCAACUGCUGAGAGCGGUCACGCAGGUCGCGGACACCUCGGCAGAAGCCGUGCAGAUGGUGAAGCAGCAGCAGGACGAGCGCAUCUGUUGGGGCGGCAGCAACCCUCUCACAAGUCUAGCCACCAAAAUGGAAGAACUAACUGAGAAAUACAAGAUCUUCAAUGACAGUCUGAAAGACAUGGAGUAGUCUGGGGACUGGAAGCUCUGCCCUGAGGA